AGAAAUUCAAAUAUUAUGUAAGUUAGCGACCAAUAGACUGAGUAACUUUUGAUGACAGCAACUUUGAAAAAUGGGUAAUUAGAGUUUUAUACUUCUGAUUAAUAUGAUGAAAAUAUGAUUCCUCCAUAUUAUCAAAUAGCUGAGCAACAUUAAGUAUUUUAAAAAUAGAUGUUAAGUUAGCAAGCAAAGUAGGUAUUCCAAAGCCAUAUAAAGAAGGAGAGAUAGUAAAUAUUUGUCCUUGUUGUAAAUAGUAAAUUGUAUUAUAAUAGCAUUAAUAUUUAUAGCACAAAAUACAAAUUGAUUUUUAAAGAGAUGAGAUGGCCUUUUCUUUUCUUGGAUCAGGUUAUCCAUUGUAUUUUAAUUUCAUAAAAUGUUGUCUUAUGAUUGUUGGAGUAUUGUUCUUGACCUCAGGAUAAUAUUAACUUGUUUCAAAUUUAACAAGCAACGAUUGUGAAGACUUAGUUAUUUAAGUGCAACAUAGAUAUAAAGAGAUUUAAAAAUAAGAUUCUUGGAGUGAAUAAGUGCAUAAUUAUUGUUUAAAUGAUUGGAUAGCACGAUCAUCUUUAGCAAAUAAAAGAUUUUAAACAAUUUUAACUGAGUUACCACAUUAUUUUAAUUUUUCCAGUGUUAUCUUCAUUUUAAUUAUUAUUUUCUUUUUUAGAAAAUCAUAAUUAAUUAUAGAUAAUGAUUGUGAUAUCAAAGAAAAUACACCAUCUGAUUACACAUUGAUAGUAAAAGAUAUACCUAAAGAGUGUAGACAAUAAUAAUUAAAAGAAUUUUUUGAAAAUUAAUUUAAUGUUGAAGUUAUGGAGAUAGAUUACAUAUUUUAUGCUAAUACUCUUAAAGAAUUAGAACGUGAAUUAGAUGUUAUAGUAAAGUUGUAAAAAUAAGCAUUAAAGAAUAAUGAAAAUGAUUUGAUAAUGAAUUUAAAUGAAUAGAAGAAACAAAAAUAAGAUUAGAUUAAAACUGAAGCAUAAAGAAUAUAAUAAGAUUAUGAAUUAUUCUCUGGAACAGCUUUUUUAUCUUUUAAAUAUGAAGAUCACAAAUAAAUGAUUUUAAAAUCUUCUAGUUAUAGAACCUAGUAAGUAAUUUCAAAUAUAUUUUUUGGAUGUAUAAUAUAAGAAGCUAAAAGUUUAGAGCUUAAUAAUACAUUUAUAAAAGUUGAAUAAGCUCCUGAACCUGGAGAUGUUAUUUGGGAUAAUAUUGUUCAUAAUGAUAAUAGAAGAUUUUGGGUUAGAUUACUUGGUUUUACAUUUUCAUAAAUUGUAAUUGCUUUAUUUCUAAUAACCUUAUUAGAAUUGGCUAAAAUUUAAGCAUUAGAUGCUUCAAAUGUUCCAGCUACAUUAGUAGAUGUAUAAACUGAUUAGGGAGUUGUAUAGGUUUCUUUACCUUCAUAAUAGAAAUCUAAAAAUAUGGGUUCUAUCAUAGCUGCUUUAUUAACUACAUUUAUUAAUUCUUUUGUUGUAGGUAGACUGUCUAAUUUUUUGGUUGGUUUUGAAAGUUAUGAAACAUAUUCUCUAUAUACAGUUUCAUUAGCUUCAAAAUUAUCAUUAAUGUUAUUUGUUAAUUCUGCUAUAAUUGCAUUUUUAGCAAGUACAAUAUAUACUCGCAAUUUAUUUGGUCCUGGUGGACUUAUUUAUACAGAAACAUACUUUUUUAUGACUAAUGCUAUAAUACCUCCAAUUGUAACAUUAGUUGAUCCAAAUAGAAUUAUUAAAUAAUUAAAAUUAUGGUGGAUUAAAAAAUUUAAUUAAGUUGUUACUUAAAAAGAAUUAAAUGAUUUAUAUGAACAUAGUGAACAUUUAAUUGAAUUAAAGUAUGCUGAUAUUAUGAAAACUUUAUUUAUUACCUUUUUCUAUACUCCAUUAACCCCUGCUGGAUAUAUUACAAGUUUUGUUGGUUUAGCAUUGUAUUAUUGCGCAGAAAAGGUAAUAAAAUUAAAUAAUUUUAGUAUGUAAUUUGUAAUAGAAUGUCUGUAAAGCAUACUCCAUCAAUUUAAUUAUCAAUAUUAAUGACAGAAAUGAUGGAAUAUCUACCAAUUAUUUAUGCGGCUGGAUAUUUAAUUUUUAAUUAUCAAAUAACUGGAACUACAAGUUAUUGGGCUAUUGCAUCAAUUUUAGUUUCCUUUCUAAGUUCUGUAUUACCAAUGUAAUAUUUUGUUGAAAGUUUGUUCUAGUAGGAAGAAUAGGAUGAAACUACUUCAUUUAAUGAAGCAAAAGUUAAUUUCUCUACGUCUUAUUCCUUAUAAAACCCUGUUAAUAAGUAUAAUAAUAAACCACUUGAAACUAUUUAGAGUUAAAUAAAAUCUAAAAGUUAAUCAUAAAUUUGA